AUGUCCAAACCAUUCCAGGCCAUAGGUGAUGUGAUCAACACAUCGUCCAGACACAAGCAGCAGUCGUUCCAGGAGAUCUACGGCGAGCCCGAGAACUUCUUGGAGAUCGAAGUACGAAACCCCCAAACCCACGGCUACGGCAGUGGUCUCUAUACGGACUACGAGAUCGUGUGUCGAACAAACAUCCCCGCAUUCAAGAAACGGUCCAGUCGAGUUAGACGUCGGUACUCCGACUUUGUUGCCCUCCGUCGGAUUCUCGAACACGAGACCACCAGAGUGAUCAUCCCGCCGUUGCCAGGCAAGAUCCUCCUUAGCUCCAACCGUUUCAAUGACGUCAACAUCGAGCAGAGACGCCAGGGGCUCGAGAAGUUCAUCUCGGUGGUCAGCGGCCAUCCGUUGCUCCAGACAGGGUCCAAGACCUUGAUUGAUUUCAUCCAGAGCGAGCAUUGGGACGCUCGUGCCGCAUACUACUAG